AUGAAUAUUGGGGGAGAAUUUCGUGGGAAUCGUCAAAGAAGGGAACCCAGUAGGCCUGCAAAGAAAAGAGUAAAGUUCGAAAAUAUUCCUCUCGACGUUUCUGACUACACUUUGGAAGACAUGGUGCAAGAGUUCGGAACACCAGUCUAUUCCAAUUUUUAUGACACCAAGGAAAGCAGGACUGCAGUGUUUGAGUUCGAAGAUUCAAGUGUCUUGCAAAAAAUUGUGGAAAAAUAUAAUGAUACUGAAUUGAAUGGUGGGAAAUUAAAAGUAGAAAUUUACGAUUCCAACGGCAGCCAGGACAGAAGGCAUAGAAGAGGAGAUAACCGUGGCUCAGGUGGUAGUCAUUAUGCCGUUGGGAAGAAGAGGGGGAAAGCCAAAGAGCAGGUUAAACCCACCACUGUUCAGGACCUCAACGCUGAGCUAGAAGAGUAUAUGAAUAGUUAG